AACUCGUUCCUUGGGGUUACGCGUCGCCCUCCCUCGGCCUGGCUUCUUUUAAUUAUUAGUUAUCCUGGGAGCCGUGGGCAUCAAGGCCUCAGGGGAAGGCGUAAAUCUGAUGCUUUUAUUCUGGGUAGGAUCCUGGAUCCUUGGGGGAGGGGACAUGAAACAAACUCCCAGGUUGUAGAUUCUAGAGCUGGAGGAAGAGCCACAUCUGUCACGAGUUGGGCGAGUUGUGUGCGGGACUGGGGAGAUGCCAGGAAAACAUGAUGAUACCAAUGGGGAGUUGUUGCAGUUCCUCUGGGUGGACGCCUGGAGCCAGUUCUGUAAUUUUGGUGGCCAUGAACUUGGGCCAUCCUCAGCCAAUUGUAGACUCCAUGGUUUGGAGGUGGGUGGGUAUUGGGAUAGCGGGCUGGGACAUUCUGUGGCCAGACCUAGCCGCCUGCAGCCAGAACCUCCAGUCAUUCAUGGCCUGCAAUCGGGAGAGAAACCAGGAAAAGUGGAUGUUGUGGGAGCAGGGGCGGCCUUCCUUGCAGCAUUGGCUGUGCAGCAAAGCAGCCCAAGGAUACCCUUGCUCGGGUAUGCCCACUGGUCCUGUGCUAAGCUCUCCUGCAAUUUCCUCUUCUACGAAACGAGGGAUUUGGACCACCAGUCCUUCAGAUCUGAUAUUCCGAGUAGGAUGCAUCCUCACACUGUGUAGCCUCACAGAGAAGGUGUCCGUGGCCUUCCAGGACCUGGCAGUGCGGUUCUCCGAGGAGGAGUGGCAGCUCCUGGGCGAAGGGCAGAGGGCACUCUACCGGGACGUGAUGCGGGAGAACUAUGAGACACUGCGCUCCCUGGGGACAGCUGAGCGGCUCCCCCUCUCUGCCUUCUUGUCUCCUACGGAGCCUGGAGGAACCAUGGAAGGCAGGAGCUAUGCUGGUGAGGGACAGGAGCCUCCUAGGGGAGGAGGCCCCCUGGGAGGAGCACCCCCGCACAGCCUUCACCUCACCGCCCUGGUGCAGCUGGUCAAGGAGAUUCCAGAGUUCCUGUUUGGGGAGGUCAGCCCAGAGGGCGAGAGUGGGAGUGGAGCUGUCAGCCUGGACGGGGAACGGGGCAGCCCUGACGUAGCAGCUGUGACCGUGGAGACUUGCCCUCUCGGAGGCUUGCUCAGCUGCCUUCCAGAAACACCUACUGGCUGGCCCAGCAUGGCUGCCACAUCCAGCAGCAGCUCAUCAUCCAGUGGCCUGCCUGGAGCCGGUGGACAGGGAAGCCCCCUCCCCAUCAAAACUGCUGACAAACCAAGAGUUACAGAGAAGGAAGGCCCAGAAGCCCUAGCUGGGGAGCCCAGCCCUCCUACCUCUAGCUCCAGCAGGAGCUCCAGCAGGAAGAAGGAGAAUGGAAAACAGGAGAGAGGGACUCUGGGGACAGGUGGUCUUGCAGGUGCCAUAGGACUCUCUCCUGGGAACAGCCCCCUGGAAGGCCUUAUCAACUGCCUGAAGGAAAUCCUCAUGCCUGGGCCCCAGAACCCUGAGGUGUCUCCAGGCUUGCCACCUCCUGUCCCUGGCCAGGGCACCUCUCAGCUAACCAGAGUGGAGCUGGGGCCUGGGAGCCCACCCUGGGAAGUGAAGACAGAGGCAGUUUCUGGGGCUUGUCCCCUUCAGGGUCUGCUGAACUGUCUGAAGGAGAUCCCGGAGGCUCCUCACAGACGUUCCGGCCCCUCAGGAGUGAGGGACCCACAGCUGCAGGAGGAUCCAGGGGCCUGCCAAAGGAAUUCUGGAGGGCCCCGACCCCUCCAGACCCCUCCUCCUGGCCCUGGUCCUGGAGCUAGCCAUGUGCUGUCUGUGGUGAAGAUGGAAGAUGGCUGGACCCAGAGCCCCCUGGCUCCUGCAUCCUGUCAGCUCAGCAAGUGGACCCACAGCCCCUCUGCCACCAGCAGCCAGGGGGGUGACAGAGAGACCAGAGGGGGCCAAGUGCCCAGCUGGAGCCCCGUAGCUCAAGCCAGCAGUGCCUCGAGCUCACCCCUGGAAGCCCUGGAGGCCUGUCUGAAGGGCAUUCCCCUGAGUGGGUCGUUACCUCCCCAGCCGCCGGCAGCCUCUGGAUUCCAGAGCUCUCAGCCAGGAGACCCCGGGUCCCAGAGGCCCCAGCUGCAGUCCUGUAGAUCACACAGUGAAGCUGUGCUGUUUCCUGCAGAGGUGACUGUGGGGCCUCUUCUGGCUCUGAGUCUGCAGGGCUAUGUGAGAGGCAGCCCUGUCCUCCCCUCAGGUCCCCACAGCACCCCUCCCAGCUUCUCCUCAUCCAGCAGCACCGAUGGGGACCUGGAUUUCCAGAGCCCUGGGGGCAGCCAGGCGCGUCCGCCUGGAAAAGGAAGCCCAGUGGGAAGCUCCCCGCUCCAGGGCCUGGAGAACUGUCUCAGAGAGAUACCAGUGCUCAGGCCACAGUCAGCCUUGUCCUGGUCUUCAGCAGGGGACAGGGGGCCACAGAGAACAGAGCCCAAGAACUGGACGGCGGACAAGGAAGGGCUGAGAGGCGAGGCCUGUGAGCCAGCCCACCUGGGACAGGGGCAGGGAGAGGCCCCCACCAGGAGCUUCCGGCUGGCCAGCCCACAGGCACUCACCUCUAGCAGCGUCCCCGUCCCUGUGUGCUACCAGCGAGGGCUCAAAGACCCCGGGGCCCCCAGGCCGGGGCCAUGGAGAUGGCUCCAAGAUGGGGCAGCCAUGAAGCCCUCCCCACUCCACUGUCUGGAGAACUCUCUGAAGGGGAUCUUGCCUGGGAGGCCCCUGCGCUUUGCCUGCUUGGCAGGUCCCAGCCCCAGCCCCAGCCCCGGCUCCAGCUCUAGCUUCAGCAGCUCAGAAGGAGACGAGCUCUGGCAGCUGUUCCCACAGGAGAGGGACCGCCUUCCCGGCUACAAGGGUCCUGGCCCUCUGUCCCCGCGCCCUGGCGGCGCCCCCACUGGCAGCAGCCCUGGUGAAGGCCCAGGGAGAGCAGAGCCUGGGGACCACUGCGGCCUCAAUGCAGCAGGAAGAGCAGAAGAAAAGACAGGAGGCAGGUCCCAGUUGCCCUGGAGAAACGUGUACCCGGAAACCCCGGGCCGGCCUGGCCCUCUGGGCAGUGCUGGAGGAGGGGCAGCUGUGAACCCCUGCCCUGCCCCUCAGCCAGAGAAAAGGCCCGGGCCGGGCCCCAGCAAGCUUCUUGGAUCUGCCCACGGUCCCCUGUCCUGGAAGCCCAGGGUCAGUGAAGAAUCCAGGGGUCUGGGGCCUGGAAAUGGAAGACCAGGUGUUACAGCAAGGACGCACGGGAAGCCGCCUCCCAGAGGUCUGCCUGAGCCACCCCCUGUGGCUGCCAUCCCUCCGGCUUUGCCUCAGGCGCCCCCGCAGUCCUGCCCCUGCGGAAGUGGUCUGCAGCCAGAGCUCCGCAGCCUUGGCGCCGCCCUCUCAGAGAAGCUGGAUCGGCUCGCCACGGCCCUGGCAGGCCUGUCUCAGGAAGUAGCCACCAUGAGGACCCAGGUGGAUCGGCUCGGGAAGCGCCCCCGUGGCCCUGGGUCCAAGUGCCAGGCUUCCUGGCCAUGGGCCCCCUCCCGGGGACCUCGCUGGUCUAACGGCCCUGCUCACAGACACCUGCCCUAUUGGAGGCAGAAGGGCCCCACCAGGCCAAAACCAAAGAUCCUGCGUGGUCAGGCGGACAGCUGCAGGGCCGGUGACGCCUCGGGCCUCUCCAGGAGGUUCCGCCCAGUAUCUCAGCUGCCGCCAGAUGCCCCCAUGGCAGAACCUUCUGGGCCCAGCUCCAGCCCUUCCCAGCAGCCUCUCUCCUCAGCACGCAGCUGCUGUGCUGGGGUGCCUGUGCCUGCCUCCCUUGGACACACGGGGGGUCACCAGAGUCCGCCCCUCCUUUCAGUGCCUACUGCCUUACCCCCACAGAUGGCUUCUCUCACAACCAGGGGAGAUGCAGAGCCACGGUUUUCAGCAGUGGUGCCACCUGGGACCCUCAGCUGGCCCAAGGAUGCAAGCAGCCUGAUGGCAGGGGUCCAGAGAACCUGCGAGGAGGAACUGUGGGUCCCGAGGCGGGGGACCCCUAGCCACCUUCUUCAGCAGCUUGGUCCUGCUGAUGAUGUCCCGACCCUGGCCCCUUCUCCUAGGGGCUGUCCCACCCCCUCAACCUGCUCCAGCCGAACCUUCCCCGCUUCCGGGCCGUGAGGGGGCUGGGUGUUCUGCCACUGGCCUGACCAGCCCUGACCCCAGGACGCUGUUUGCUCAGGGAGGCCACUCUUUGGUGUGCAUCUCAGCCACGCCUCUGGCCUUCUUGGCUCAGGUUCAUUCAGAUGCUGCUUCCCCAGCUUGUCCUUCCCACUGGGACAGCCCUGGCUUGCAGGUGGCUGGGGUGCCCGCGCGUAUAUGCAUGCCACGUUUUCCUGGCUGCUCCAGCGGCUGCCCUGCCUCCUCGCAGCUGCCCUUCCUGGGCUCAGCACUAAGGAGGGCUCAGCUCUCCCUUUCCUGGUCAAGAGGGGCUGUGGGUUUUCUUUGGAGAGAAACCUGCCCCUUGGUUGAUGCUGGAUUUGCCUGCAGAGUCUAAGUGGAGAAGUAGGGGUACCAAGGGAAAGGCCCUCAGCUUCUUGGAAGGGGCGCGGGUGCAGCUGGACCAGGGCCGCCGUCGGUUCUGUGACCAGGAUGAGCACCCAGUGGGCUCAUCUGCCUGCCUUUGUGCACCCUCGAGGGAAUUCAGUCUCUGGAAAGGUGGGAAGGUCAGCUGUGGAACGGAAUUCCCAGAUGGGCCCUUGGGUGAGCAGUGCACGUUCCUGGGCCCACGGACCACAGCACAGGUAGUCAUUCAUGGCCUGGAGGCCACAGUCUAAGGUCAGGGUGGCGGCAGGGCAGGUGCCUGCUGAAGCAGUGAGGGAGAGUCUGCCCCAGGGCUCCCUCCCACUGUCACUGGUCUGCUUGUCCACCCCCGUACGCACGACUCGGGAUACUGCCUCUGUAGGGACCUUGUCGGACUCAGCUCAUGCUGACGCCCUCACUGUGACUUGACCUUCCUGCUGUUAGGUGCUGGGACUUAGGACUUCAACAUGAAUUUUGGGGGCACAGUUCAAACCCUAACACGUGUAAGAGACUGGGUUAUGCCUUCUUGAAUUCAUCUUGGGAGAAGUGAGCAUGGCUAAGGCGUCUCUAGGCCAGAAGGACCUGCCUCAUGUCCUACCCCAGGGUCAGCUUGUUCCCCCCAGGCUCACGUUCCCACUUCCAUCCUUAUUAAAUGUGAGGAAUCCUCGGGAACUGUCUGUGUCCAGGUUGCUGAGGCAGGGCCACCCUGCUGAGCUGAUGUGGUCAGCUCUGCUGUCAGGGAACACAGGUGCCACUGCAGAGGUGCAGGCCGGCUCCAGGCCCUACAGGGGCUGUAGCCCCAUGGCACAAGCAAGGUCCUGUGGCUGCUGUGCCUGGUCAGGGGACUGGGGACGCACACAGGGCCAGGCCCAUGCUCCUGGUCGCCCCUCUGGAAGCAGCACCUGCUGAGGUGGGAGGGAAGGGAGAGGACCUGGGGCUGACAGUCUGUCAUGGAGUGGGGCGGGGUGGGAUGUGCCGGGAAGCAUUGAAAUGUUUCCAGGUCAGGAGUAAGUCCUAAGAUGACUGUCUCAGAAGCUGAGGUCUAGAAGAUCACAGUAGUAAGAUGUUUAGAAUAGGCAGUCUCUUCACAUCUAGCCAUACUUGAUAAAAGAAUAAGGAACAGAAAACUUCUAGACUUUCCAUUCAAAGACCUCAGGAAGAGGAGUCCGUUGCUUUUCAGGCUUCAGGGACCAUGGAAAGGGUAGGACAGGGCUGGGAGGGGACGAAGGGUGCAGUCAGCAGGAAGAGGUUUUGUGCACUCCUUCUCCCCCCUUCUCAGCAGCGGUCAUGGGGGUGGCCCAGCACCCACCUUUGAAUGGCAUCUUAAGGUUUUGUUUGUGGACCUCCUGAGUAUCAGCCAUCACUCAGACCCUGCGCGGCAGGCGUAAAGGAGCAAACGAGCUCAGAGGGUAUAAGUGACUUUGCAUUUGCACAGCUUGUCCUUGGCAGAGCCUGCAGGGGCACCCCUGUCGGUGCUUGGCAGUGGGGCACGCGCCCUCCUCCGCUGGGUGACCCUCCUGCCAGCCUUCACCUGUACUGCAGACAAGGAUGUUCAGGGUGAGCCCGGUCUGGGUGGUCCAAAUCCAAUCCCACCGUACAUGAAGUUUAAGUUUUUUUUUUUUUUUUUAAGAAUGUGGAAAACAAGUAAUAAAAUGAACAGUAAGAAGCUUCCUGAUCUGUGUGUUCGUCUCACAGGUCCACUGCCGCCCAAGCACAAAACCCUCUUUCAGUCGUUAACUGGAAAAUCUAGAAUCACUAAUUUGGUAGAAAGUCUGUGCGGUUUAGUACAUUGCACGCAUCUCCUUCACCUACUUCACGAGGAAACGUGGUCCCCUUUGGUGAGAGGAAGAGAGGGGCUAUUUGGGACUCAGGAAUUCCAGGCCCCAGGGGUUGGGGCUUAGGGCUUAGAGUGGAGAAGGCUCCAGCCCUGCCUGCCCCAGUGUAGUCAUUCCUGAAGUAGUUUGGCCAGUGGCUCCUGGUGCACCUGGAUACAAACCUACCCCACAUUUCAGGGGUCCUUGAAGUCUUCCCUCUGCUGCCUGCCAGAAAAGCAAGAAGAGGCUUAAUCUAUCAGAAUCAGAGCGGGCUCCCCAAAGCCUCCAGGCUUCAGGAUGGUCAGAGGGUCCACUGGAAGAGGGGCUGUCGUGGUGGGGGGUGUAAGGACCAUGGUUUGCUGCCUGCCGUGUCCCCUGAUGUCACCACUCCCUCCCAGGCCAGACUUGACUCCACCUUCCUCCACCUUUCAUCUUUCUGUUCCAGAUGUGGCUUCUGUAAAGAGCCUACAGUUGGCUUUUAUUUUUGAAUCCAACUUGACAAAUUCUGUUUAGUUAGAGACCUUAAUCCAUUUAUGUGUAUUUUAAUUAUGAUAGAGUUAGAUUUGAAUAUAUGGUCUUAUUUUGUGCUUA